AAGGAACGUAUGCUGCCUGAUGACCUAUUUGUAUGCACUCCGGGGGAAGAGGAUGUGGCAGGACCGCCAGAGGACCGACGGUUAAAGAAGAGUCAGUGCACGCCUCUAUUCUUCAAUGCCUAUCGUAUGCGGAGCGCCGGAGCCGUAAUACACACGCACUCACAAGUAGGUAACGCGACAGAGUAG